GAGCAAACGUGUCAGAUCUCCCUCACCUUUUUCUUCUCUGUUUUCAGUUUGAGAAUUUAAAGAGAGAAAGGAGGAAAAGAGUUCGUAAUUAUAGGCGAAAAUGUCGGAGGCGAGGGACCCGGCGAUCAAGCUUUUCGGGAAGACGAUUCCGCUGCCGGAGGUUACGCCGUUGCUGGGAGAUUCUGCGGCGGCUCCGGAUCCGGCGGCUGUGGCUGACCGUGCAGCCUCUUCGUCCAACUCGUCUUCGCCUGGAGGGGAGGAAGUCAAUGGUGGUAAAGAGGAGACGGAGGUCAAUAACGGCGGCGACGAUGAGGAAACGUUGGGUGAGAAAGCAAUUAAGAACAAAGAGGUAGAUGAGGUCCAACCUUUAUCUUCUGAAGAGUUAGUUAAUCCAGAUGAAGCAUCAAGAAUAGGUGGAAGUCCUAAAGUACCAGUUGACAAGGAGACUACUGCGCUCAAAAAUUUUAAGGCCGAAGAAGAACAGAGCGAGACAAGUAAUUCACAAGAAAAGACCCUGAAGAAGCCAGACAAAAUUAUUCCAUGCCCCCGCUGUAAUAGCAUGGACACCAAGUUCUGUUACUACAACAACUACAAUGUCAACCAACCUCGACAUUUCUGCAAGAACUGCCAAAGAUAUUGGACAGCUGGUGGGACUAUGAGGAAUGUUCCUGUAGGUGCUGGUCGUCGAAAGAAUAAGAAUACCCCUUCUCAGUAUCGUCACAUAAAUGUCUCUGAAGCUCUCCCAAAUGCUCGACCUGAUGUUCUAAAUGGAGUCCACCAUCCUUCACUACAAUCUAAUGGCACGGUUUUAACAUUUUGCGCAGACUCACCCCUGUGCGAUUCAAUGACUUCUGUUCUUCAGCUUGCUGAUAAGAAUGUACAGAACUGUACUUCAACUGGAUUCCAAAAACCUGAUGGUUUAAUCAUUCCAGCUUCUUAUGGGGGCAGUGUAAGUGGAGAUGAUCAUUCAAACAGGUCUACAGUUACAGAAUCAAAUUCAAAGGAAGAGAUGUCCAAACCUGGGCCGCAAGAGCCGGUUAUGCAGAAUUAUCCCGGCUUCCCACCUCAAAUACCAUGCUUUCCUGGUGCUCCCUGGCCUUACCCGUGGAACCCUGCUCAGUGGAGCUCUCCAGUAAGUCCGCCUGCUUUCUGCCCGCCAGGGUAUCCUAUGCCCUUUUACCCUGCAGCUGCUUAUUGGGGUUGUGCUGUACAAGGCACUUGGAACAUGCCUUGGGUUCCUCAAACGUCAUCUCCAAACCAAACUGCUCCAAGCUCUGGUUCUAACUCUCCAACCUUGGGAAAACAUUCGAGGGAUGAGAACCCUGUAAAACAAACCAGCUCCGAGGAAGAGGAUACACCGAAAGAAAAGAAUGCCAAGAGGUGCCUUUGGAUCCCAAAAACACUGAGGAUUGAUGACCCUGGAGAAGCAGCAAAAAGCUCUAUAUGGGCAACGUUGGGGAUUAAGAAUGAUAAAGUGGAUUCGAUUAGCAGUGGAGGACUCUUUAAGGCCUUUCAGUCAAAGAGUGAUGAAAAGAAUCACGUAGCAGAAGCCUCUCCGGUCUUGCAAGCCAAUCCAGCAGCCUUAUCUAGGUCACUCAAGUUCCAAGAGAGCUCAUAAUUUGGUAAGUUUAGAAUUUAGGAGCUUAAGAUUAGCAGUUGUUUUGUUUCAAGUGGUACACACAAUUCAGCAAUGUUCAAUUGCUCCCCACAACACUUCACCGCCUCCUUACGCCUGGGAAAUCCAUCCAAAUGUUGAAGCUGUCAAUGGUGGAAGAAGGUAGGAUUCCGCAGCCGCUUGUCUCUGGAGCUGUGAGGCAUCUUACUAUAGCUGAAAUAGCCACUGAUUUUUCCCCUGCUAUAAUGAACAUUUGCAGUUUUUUUUUUCAGUUGUACAUAUGUUUACAUGUAAAAGUAAUAGUGAGCACUAGACCUAGAACAGAUCGGGUUUGUGUAGCCUAAUCCCAAAUGUAUUUAAAUAAUUUGGGGACUUUAAAUGAGACUUCUUGUUCAA